AGUGUGCCGUCGGAUCAGGUCCGAGUCGAUUGUGAUAUUAUCGUGGAUCAAACAUUUAUAUUUCCUAUAUCCCAUAUCUAAUAUCUAAUAUAUAUAAACAUUCGAUAAUAUCCUUUUCGUAUACGCGAUCAACACAAAUCAAAGGAUAUUUAAGGAUAUACUCGUAAAGUGCCUGCAAUUUAAAGUGAUAACCUAUCCGACCCUGAACCACAUUAAAUAAAUCAUUACAAUGGCUAAUAAGAAGAAAGCGCAACAGCCGAACGCAACAAAUGACGAUGACUCCGUGGUAGAGGGUGACAUCGUCAUUUCCGGACUAUCGGGCAAAUUGCCGGAGAGCAGUAACAUAGAAGAGUUCAAGCAGAAUUUGCUCAACGGCAUUGAUAUGGUCACAGAUAAUCCCAGACGUUGGGAGGCAGGCAUAUAUGGUUUACCGGAGCGCAUGGCGAAAAUGCGGGAUGAAGAUCUGGAGAAAUUCGAUGACCAAUUCUUCAGUGUGCACCAAAAGCAGGCGGAAUUGAUGGAUCCUUGUAUGCGGAUGCUUUUGGAGCUGACACACGAAGCCAUUAUCGAUGCGGGCAUCAAUCCGUCGGAGUUACGGGGAAGCCGUACCGGCGUCUACAUAGGCCUCUCCUUUGUGGAGACGGAACAUGAGAUACCCAACAUGGAGCCGAGCAGCAUUAAUGGUUAUUGCUUGACAGGAUGCGCCCGCGCCAUGUUCGCCAAUCGCAUCUCCUAUACGUUUGACUUUAAGGGUCCCAGCUUCAUUGUGGACACCGCCUGCUCCAGCUCCCUUGUAGCGUUGUCUCACGCCUAUACGGAUAUGAGGGCUGGUCGCUGUGAUUAUGCCCUGGUAGCGGGCGUUAAUCUCAUACUGAAACCGAUUUUCGCACUGCAGUUCCUGCGUUUGGGGAUUGUCAGCCAAGAUGGCGCCUGCAAGACCUUUGAUGCGGCUGCCAAUGGUUACGCCCGAGCCGACACAUGUGCCGUGGUAUUCCUGCAGCGCAGGGAGCUGGCAAAACGUGUCUAUGCCUCCAUUCUCAAUGUGCGCAUUAAUACGGAUGGGUUCAAGGAACAGGGUGUUACCUUUCCCGACGGUCGCAUGCAGGAACAGUUGCUCCGGGAGACGUACGGUGAGAUCGGUCUCAGUCCCGACAAGGUCAUCUACGUCGAGGCUCAUGGCAGCGGUACGCCGGUCGGCGACGAUCAGGAAGCCAACAUGCUGAGCAACUUCUUUUGCCGUCCCACACGAACCAAUCCGCUGUGGAUUGGUUCGGUCAAAUCAAAUAUGGGGCAUGCGGAGCCAGCAUCGGGAGUUAGCGCAUUGGCCAAGAUGAUCAUUGCCAUGGAAGAAGGUGUUAUACCCAAGAACUUGCACUAUCGCAUGCCAAAUCCGGCAGUACCCGCUUUGGUCGAGGGACGGCUCAAGGUGGUGGACCGCAAUCUGCCCUGGCAGGGUGGAAUUGUGGGACUUAACUCCUUUGGCUUUGGCGGUGCCAACGCUCAUGUCAUCCUCAAGUCCCACGCCAAGAACAAGAGUCCCAUCGCAAGGGCAAAGGAUCAAUCGCUGAAACUUGUUGUCUGCUCUGGCCGUACCGAUCAGGCGGUCCAACAGUUAUUGGAUGCAGCUGUUAAGCAUCGCAACGAUGACGAAUUUCUAGCACUGAUCAAUGACAUUCACUCGCAGCCAAUUCCAUUGCAUCCAUAUCGUGGCUUUGCCGUUCUGGGCAACACGGGCACAUCCAAAAUUGAAAUUAUACCGUACGAGGAGGAGCCACGACCCAUUUGGUUCGUCUACGCUGGCAUGGGAAGUCAGUGGGCCAGCAUGGCUAAGGAUCUAAUGCAGUUGGAGGUGUUUAAGCAGUCCAUUCAACAUUGUGCCGAUGCCCUGGCACCAAUGGACUUUGAUCUGAUUGAAGUGCUCACGCGAUCAACGGAAAGUACUUUCGACAACAUGCUCUACUCCUUCGUAUCGAUUGCGGCCGUACAGGUCGCACUGACGGACCUCUUGAGGACGCUGAGCAUUGAGCCGGAUGGCAUUAUUGGGCACUCGGCCGGAGAGUUGGGAGCAGCUUACAUGGAUGGUUGCCUUACCGCCGAGCAGACCGUGCUGGCAGCCUACUGGCGUGGCAAGAGUGUGUUGGAGACACCGGGAUUACCGCAGGGCAAAAUGGCAGCGGUCGGACUCAGUUGGGAUGAGAUAAAGCAGCACUUACCCUCGGACUGUUAUGCCGUCUGUCACAACAGUGAUGACAACUGCACAGUCUCUGGUCCGAUUGCAUCCAUGGAUGCAACCAUUAAGAAACUGCAGUCAGCGGGCGUUUUCGUCAGGGCUGUGGGUUCGGGAGGUUAUGCUUUCCACAGCAGAUAUAUCGCAGAUGCGGCUCCAAUGUUGCGCAAGAAUCUGGAGCGUCUGAUUACGGAACCCAAGCAACGAUCCCAACGUUGGCUCAGUACCAGCGUUCCAAAGAGGGAUUGGGAAACUGCGUCCAGCCGUACAGCCUCUGCAGCAUAUUUUAUCAACAAUCUGAUAUCGCCAGUGCUCUUUAAUGAAGCCAUUCGUCAUAUACCGCAGAAUGCAUUGAUUGUCGAGAUCGCACCGCAUGGACUCUUUAGGGCCAUACUCCGUUCGCUGGGACCGAGAAUAAGCUACGUAAGCCUGAUGCAGCGGGGUCACCCCAACAACACAGAGUUCCUUCUAGGUCAGAUUGGUCAGCUGUAUGCAGCGGGUGGUCAGCCACAAUUGCUGAGAUUGCCUCUGUCGCCAGCAGUCAGUUAUCCGGUCUGUCGAGGCACUCCCAUGUUGAGUUCACUCAUCGGCUGGGAUCACACGCAAAAGUGGAACUACCCGAAGUUCAAGGGCGGCAGACAGGGCAGUCAACAAAGCAUCGAACUUGAUCUGAGUAAGGAGGAGAACGCCUUUCUGGCCGGACAUACAAUCGAUGGUCGUAUACUCUUUCCGGCAACAGGUUACCUUACGCUCGCUUGGAUGAUGCUUGCCCAGCAACAGGGAAAGGAUUACCAGCGUACGCCCGUUGUCUUCGAAGACGUCAUCUUCCAUCGCGCUACCAUUCUCGGGCUGGAUGCUGCUUCGGCCGUCAAACUGGCUGUCAAUUAUUUCCAGGGAAAGGGCAGCUUUGAGAUUUGUGAGGGUAGUAUCCUGGUGGCAUCAGGAAAGAUUCAGCUGGUCGCCAACGUGCAGCAGGAGCAACUGCAACUCGUCGAUCUUCCCGGCAGCGCUGGAGUAACUAAACUGUAUACCAAAGAUGUUUACAAAGAGUUGCGAUUGAGGGGCUAUGAUUAUAGUGGUCUCUUCCAGGGUAUCGUGGAUAUGGACAUACUUGCAGUAGCUGGACGUCUCCUAUGGUCGGAUAACUGGAUCAGCUUUAUGGACACCAUGCUACAAUUCUGCAUACUCAGUAAUUCUCUACGGGAACUGUACGUUCCCACGGGAAUUGAGCGUGUUGUAAUCGAUCCCCUUAAGCACUUUGAGCUGACCAAACAACACCAACAGAAGCUGCCCGUCUCCUGGCAUCGUAGUAUAUCCGUGAUCAAAUGCGGAGGUAUUGAAAUACAUCACAUGAAGACGGCACAGACGCAACGUCGAUCAGGCGGUCAAGGACGUCCCAGUCUGGAGCGGUACAGCUUUACGCCGUAUCAGCAGGCAACAGUUCCCCGAGGGGAUCAGGAACGUGCUAGGCUCAUGGCCUUGACCGUGGCAAUGCAGUUGAUCAUUGAGAACAGCGGAGGAGCUGUCAAAAUCAAGGGUGUGGAAAUUGCCGGUACUCGCAACAGCCCGGAGAAUCUUACGGCUGUCAAAUUGCUUGAGCUUAUCGAAAGGGAACCCAUUCUGGUGGCCGAUCUAAUCGUAGCAACCACCAGCAACAAUGAGUCAGAGCUAAGUGAAUUGCUGAAGGACUCGGGAGUUCGAGUGAUCGCAGCGGAUCUUGCAGCUUCGACUGUGGAACGACAGUGCGACUUUCUAUAUGCCCUUAACCUGCUGCAAUCGCCAGGCCUUCAAUUGCAGCACAGCAUUGAUAGUCUUAAGCCGGAGACUGGUUUCCUUCUAUUGGAGGAAAGUGCCAACAGCUAUAAAGCCACGGGACGAGAUCAACUGCAGCGCUUCCAACUCUUGCCUGUCCUAGAACAAGCCUAUGACAGCGAUCGUCUCUUGAUUCUCGCCAAAAAAUUCAACGAUAACAAUCGCUCCAUGUCCAUGGUUAUUCGCCUGACCAAUGAGAACUUUAAAUGGGUUGCAGAUCUGAAAAAUGCAUUGGCUAAAACCCAAACGGAACUAAUCUAUGUGGUAGCUCAGGGGGAGCCCAGCACAGGAGCUUUGGGCUUUGUGACCUGCCUGAAACGGGAGCAUUUGGGCAACCGUGUGCGAUUAUAUUUGCUGCAGGAUCUAGGCUUACCCGCAUUCUUCCUGACGGAACCUUUCUACCAAAAUCAGUUGGCGAAGGACUUGUCCAUCAAUGUGUACCGAAACGGCGAUUGGGGUAGCUAUCGGCAUCUUCCUUUGGAGGCUAAUCAGCCCCUACUCACUGUGGAGCAAGCCUAUGUCAAUACCUUAGUCAAGGGUGAUCUUUCCUCCCUCAAAUGGAUUGAAAGUCCACGCACCACAACUCAAAUUCAAAUGGCCAGCAAAUGGGAACCCUGCACUGUCUACUAUGCACCCCUUAACUUCCGGGACAUUAUGUUGGCAUCCGGGAAACUAGGCGUGGACGCACUGCCUGGCAACUUGGCUCACCAGGACUGCGUUUUGGGGCUGGAAUUUGCCGGUCGGGAUUCGCAUGGUUGCCGCAUCAUGGCCAUGGUGCCAGCCAAGUCCUUGGCUACCAACUGUCUGGCCAACAAGAAUCUCCUUUGGGAUAUUCCCGACAAGUGGACCAUGGAGGAGGCCUCCACGGUGCCCUGUGUCUAUGCUACCGUCUACUACGCCCUAGUUGUCCGUGGGCAGAUGAAGAAGGGUGAACGCAUCCUGAUCCAUGCAGGAUCUGGCGGUGUGGGCCAGGCUGCCAUCUCCGUGGCCCUGCAUCAUGGACUGACGGUCUUCGCCACGGUGGGAAGCAAGGAGAAGCGCGAGUUCCUCUUGAAGCGUUUCCCCAAGCUUCAGGCUCGGAACAUUGGCAACUCACGUGACACAUCCUUUGAGCAACUAGUCAUGACGGAGACAAAGGGCGAAGGUGUAGAGUUGGUGCUUAACUCGCUUUCAGAAGAGAAGCUACUGGCAUCCGUCCGCUGUCUGGGACUCAAUGGACGCUUCCUCGAGAUUGGCAAAUUUGAUCUGAGCAACAACAGUCCACUGGGUAUGUCCGUGUUCCUGAAGAACACCUCGUUCCAUGGCAUUCUGCUUGAUAGUGUCAUGGAAGGCGAGGAGGAGAUGCAGAAGCAGGUGGUGUCACUCGUUGCCGGAGGCAUUAAGAGCGGAGCUGUGUUGCCUCUAUCCACCACUGUCUAUACCGAUCAAGAGAUCGAGAAGGCGUUCCGCUUUAUGGCCUCGGGUAAACACAUUGGCAAGGUGGUCAUCAAGGUUCGCAACGAGGAGCAGCAAUUGGCGUUGCCCAAGCCACGUUUGAUCAACGCCAUUCCACGUACUUAUAUGCAUCCCGAGAAGAGCUACAUCCUGGUGGGAGGACUAGGCGGUUUCGGCUUGGAGCUGACCAACUGGUUGGUGAACCGCGGUGCACGUCACAUUAUCUUGAACUCACACUCGGGUCUGAAAACUGGAUACCAAGCCCUGAUGAUCCGACGCUGGCACGAGCGUGGCGCUAAAGUGAUCAUUGAUAUCAACGAUGUCACCACAGAUGCUGGCUGCAGGAAGAUGCUAGAGAGCAGCAAUAAAAUGGCCUUGGUAGGUGGUAUUUUCAACCUGGCCGCGGUGCUAAGAGAUUCACUUUUUGAGGAACAAACGAUAAAGAACUUCGAGGCAGUCGCAGCGCCCAAGAUAUUAAUCACAAAGCACCUAGACCAAUACUCGCGGAGUAUGUGCCCAGCUCUGGAACACUUCAUUUGCUUCUCCAGCUUGGCAUCUGAGGGUAAUCCGGGACAGACCAGCUACGGGCUGGCAAACUCGGCUAUGGAGCGCAUCUGUGAGCAACGACAGGCUGAGGGUUAUCCUGGUACUGCCAUCCAAUGGGGAGCAAUCGGAGAUACGGGCCUCAUUAUCGAGCAUAUGGGAAACAAUGAUACUGUCAUCGGAGGGACUCUGCCCCAGCGUAUGGGUAGCUGCCUCCAAACAUUGGAUAUCUUCAUGCAACAGCCUCAUCCUGUCCUGGCAUCGAUGGUGCUGGCGGAAAAGCGUAAGGCGGAGGCAUCAACCGGACAAAGUCUCAUCUCAACCAUAGCCAAUAUCAUGGGACUGCGGGACGUGAAUAGCAUUCAGGAUAAGACGACACUAUUUGACUUGGGCAUGGAUUCCCUAAUGAGCACGGAGAUAAAACAAACGCUGGAGAGGAACUUUGAUUUGGUCUUGUCAGCGCAGGAAAUCCGACAGUUGGACUUUAGUGCACUCAAACAGAUUGAUAGCCAGGCGACACAAGUGGCACCGACUUCAUCAACAGCUGGCUCUGCGUCAAUUGCCACAUCGAAUCCGUCGGCGAAUCAGUCGACGACCAUUGCACAAACUGAUGAAACCCGCAAGGUAUUCGCCAAGGAAGUAUUACCCCAGGACGUACUUGUGCGUCUGGAUUCCAUGGCGACCAAGGAGUCCAGCGAACCGGCCGUCUUCUUCCUUGCCCCCAUCGAGGGUUUCACAAUAGCCGUUGAGGCCCUCGCCGCCUCCCUCACCUGCCCAGCGUACGGACUGCAGUGCACGGAGCAGGUGCCCCUCGACUCAGUUGAAGCCUGUGCCGCAUACUACUUGCAACAGAUACAGAAACUUCAGCCGCGUGGUCCCUACAACAUUGUGGGCUACUCCUAUGGCUGCCUUCUGGCUCAUGCCAUUGGGGUCGCCUUGGAGCAGCGUCGAUGUGGCGUCAAAGUCAUUAUGUUGGACGGAGCUCCCACCAUGGCCAGUGGCUAUGUCCAGGAGGCCAAGAAGCAGACUGACGACCUAAAUCGCCAGCAAUCCAUGACACUGGCUUACUUUGGAGCACUGCUCGCCGAUGUGGACUACAACCAGCUAUUGCAACUGCUCGACGGCGUCAAGACCUGGACAUUAAAGCUGGACAAGCUGGCGGAUACCCUGGCAGCGCACACUCAGCAAACCAAGGACGUGAUCAAGAACAGCUGCCGAUCAUGCUUCAAGCAGAAGCUUUUGUUAUCCGAGAGCUACAAGGGAGUAAAGCAGCUUAACAGUGAUGUUGUACUGAUCAAAUCGGCGGAACACAAUGCGAUAAUGUCACAAGACGACUACGGUCUUAAAGAGAUUUGCACUGCCCAGAUUGAUAUGCAUGUUGUUGAGGGCACACACCGAACUUUCCUUAAGGAGGCCCAGACGUUACAGAUCAUCGAGCGUGUUUUGAGCAAAUAGUCACCGUAGACCAAUUAACUUUCAUUAAAUUAAUAGCUUAAUACUACCAUAUAAUGUGCAAGUUUCAAUUAGCUACACAAUUAAUAUAUCAACUUUAAAUUGUUUAAGUCUUUCACAAAUUUAAGUUCUAUAAAAUAUUGUUUUCUUUUUCCUAAUUCACUCGUUUAAUUGAUGAUUCAGACGUCAGUCUGCCUUCUCAUGACCCUUGAAAAAUUCAACGGAACCUUUUCGCUAAGCAAAUCAUUUCAUAAUAAGAACACACUUUUAAUGGGCAAACACUUAUUAUAUAUUUUUAUCAACGCCACUCAUCUAUAAGGAGAUUAUUAAUCAGCCCAUAACUGCUCCCGCUUAUUG